UCAAAUCAAGCGUUCUUGCUCUCUCUCCCAUUUCAAUUUCUCCUCCUCUACUUUCAAAAUUCUCUCAAGUCUGCAACCAUGGUUGUUGCACAGAAAGUGAAGGAAGCGGAGAUCACCGAACAGGACUCCCUUCUUCUGACAAGGAACUUGCUUCGUAUUGCCAUAUUUAAUAUUAGUUACAUAAGAGGCCUUUUUCCGGAGAAGUACUUCAAUGAUAAGUCUGUUCCUGCUUUAGAGAUGAAGAUCAAGAAGCUGAUGCCGAUGGAUACUGAGUCACGUAGACUGAUUGAUUGGAUGGAGAAAGGUGUUUAUGAUGCACUGCAGAAAAAGUAUCUGAGAACACUUCUGUUCUGUGUAUGUGAAUCAGUUGAAGGGCCAAUGAUUGAAGAAUAUGCAUUUUCGUUUAGUUACUCUGGAUCUGAUAGCCAAGAGGUUUCAAUGAAUAUCAAUCGCACUGGAAACAAGAAAAAGGGAGGAACAUUUAAAUGUAACUCUACAACUGAAAUUACCCCUAAUCAGAUGAGGAGUUCUGCUUGUAAGAUGGUCCGUACACUGGUUCAGCUCAUGAGAACUCUGGACAAGAUGCCUGAAGAGCGUACUAUAUUGAUGAAGCUGCUCUACUAUGAGGAUGCGACGCCAGUGGAUUACGAACCUCCAUUCUUCAGAAGCUGCACAGAAGAAGAAGCUCGUCAUCCAUGGAACAAAAGUCCUUUGAAAAUGGAGGUAAAAAGCGUGCUUGAUCCUUGUGAGGAUGAAAAUGAUGAUAUGCAAGAUGAUGAAGUGAGCUUAGGAGGCGAUUCUUUAGAAAGGGAGGAGUCUUCUGAUUCUGACAGUGAGGAUAAUUUAUCACAAAGGGAUCAAUACAUGGUAGCGCCAAUCGAUAAGCAACAGCCAGAGGAAGAUAAUGGCAUGGCUGAUGAAGAUAAUACUCAGGACCCGGAGGAAGAUGAACAACAAUUGGCCAGGGUGACGGACUGGAUCAAGGGCCGUCACCUUGAUACUGUAGAACUUACUGAUGUUCUCUCGAAUUUCCCAGAUAUUUCAGUGGCUUUGACUGAAGAAAUAAUGGACAAGCUUGUGAAAGAAGGUGUUUUAUCGAAAAGUGGGACGGAUACAUACACGAUAAACAAGCAAGAGCAGAAAUUUGACCAUGAAUUUAAUGUUGUGAAAGAAGAAAUGGAUGGCGUCUCAAUUAAUGAAAAAUCUCCCAGUGUAGAAGAUCGCUUAUACAUGAAGGCUUUGUAUCAUGCUCUUCCAAUGAACUACAUAACAGUCACAAAGCUUCAGAACAAGCUAGAUGGAGAAGCCAAUCAAUCUACCGUGCGCAAACUAGUUGAUAAAAUGAUCCGAGAUGGUUAUGUUGUAGCCAAAGGGAACCGUAGGCUAGGCAAGCGUGUAAUCCAUUCCAAUCUGACUGAGAGAAAGCUAAUGGAAGUCAAGAAAGCACUGGAUAUUGAUUUUAUGAACAUGGAUACUGUUGAGCCACAUAACAAGUCCAACCAUCAAGAAUUCCAGAAAAUGGGAAGCAAACACAUUGACACGUCCACAUGUGGUGCCCUUCACUCUAUUGGAUCAGAUCUCACACGCACAAGGGGAAGAACUGAAAUUCAACAAAAUGGUUCAAUCAGGAGUGAGCAGACUAUCUCAAAAGGAAGGGAGCUUGCCCUUGGUAACACUCCCACAAGCAGAGCUGAGCCUGUAGCGUCAAGGGAGAGUUUUGCACUAGGAAAUGAGAACAUCAAAGCAAACGGAAGCACAAGUUGCUGUGAUGAGACAGACAAUGUUAUUGGUAGUAGAUCCUCCCAAGAUAAGAGAUGCAGAAAAACAAGCACGGUUAAAGAGCCUAUCCUUCAAUAUGUAAAGCGUCAGAAAUCUCAAGCUGCUCUCGUUUAA